AUGCCCUUGAUUAUGGAGGAUGGUAUCAAUGUGGACGAUCUUUUUGGAGAAUCCAACUCCUUGGAGCUGGGUUUGCCGCCCGCCUCCCCAACCAAAGGAUUAGCACAGUAUUUAGAUGAGAUGCGCCUAUUGGGAUGUUGCCAGAAAAUUGCAUGGUCCCGAUUGGGAUGUAUUGCAUCAAUUUCUACGGACGGGCUCCGGGUUAUCGUCCGGUAUCUCCAGUGUCGUCCCUCAGAUGGUAAAUGGGUGCUUGGGGAAGAGUCACCACUAGUUCCAGUCCUGGAAGCCCAUAAUGGAAACCAACUCGCUCAUCUAUCAUGGAACGAGACCGGUUCAGAAUUGGCCGUCGUUGACUGUUCAGGUCGCAUAUCCAUAUAUUCCAUUUCAAUUGCAUUGAACAGUAUCACAGGAUUGCGACAAGCAUCAUUUGACUCUGGUGAUGAUGGAAGCCAGGUUGUUGGAAUGAUGUGGCUCAACUCCCAACGUUAUAUUCACUCCUUCCACCAGGCAGCAAAGGUGAAUGGCCGAUGGGCAUACUCACCCUUUCGUCGACGCCCCGUUGGACCAUUCCACCCGGCCAACAAAGGCGCAUUGGUCUGUGUGACCAGAACGGGCCAAAUUAAGCUGAUAUAUCAAAACCCCGACAGCAAAUGGGCCGAGCUGGCCGCCGAACUGAAGAACACAGGCUACUCGGACAGGUUAUUAACGCACGCAUCCAUGACCGCAACACAAGCCGGUAUCCUUCUCGCCACCUACUCUGCAUGUCAGAAGAUGUGUCUGUAUAGAGUCCACAUCACCUGGAAUCCCCCACAAUGGGAACCAACUCAGGCCAAACAGCCCGGCCAGUUCCCCAUCCCUAGUUUCCGCUUGAUCCACUGCAAGGUCGACAUGCCAAGCACUAUAUUGAACUUCAACCGCGGUCCAGAUCACUCAGACCUGUCUUCGCCAUUUUUGAACAAUGUAUAUUCAUUGACACGCUUGGAAAUUAUGCCGGGACAGGUUGACAGCCCGGCGGGGUCUACACCCAGCCCUUGGAUCCUGGCUAUAUUCUCGAAACCUCUACAUGCCAGCCACGACUACCCAGAACAGCAUGGCCCGCCGAGUGUCAUGGUCAGAUGGCAUUUGGACUCUGCACCACAAAACUUGCAUCCCAAGUUCGACGAGGUAGCGUCGAAAAAGAGCAAUGCCCAAGCAAAGCCCCAAAUGGAGCUUCGCCGCUUGGACGAUAUUCAUUGUGACAAGUACAUUGUCUCAACCGAAUUAGUGGAGUACGGAACUGCUUUAGCUGUCACCCACGAUGAUAGCUCAAUAACUUGUUAUGAUGCAAGGAAUAUGGUUGCUUUCAGUGGAAAGGACGACUCAAGCACAGUAACCUGCCUGGCCCAGGCUGGGUUUCAUUACCCAAUCGAACAAUCGGGUCUGCACAUUACUUUCUCUCCUAAUGCAUGUGUUGCCGUUACGCUGGACAGUGACGGACAGACGCAAUUGAGAACGAUGGAACAUUCAUUCGGUUCCACUGAUGGUAUCUACGAUGAGAACAAAUUUUCUGCAGCUGUUGCAGCCCUUACAUUGGCAUUCAGCCGUGGUUGCGGCGGGGAAUCUAAUACAGACGACGUUCUCAUGGUUGCUCUUAGACAGUUAUCACCAGGUGAGUGUACUGGACCUGAUAAAUACCGCAUAAGCAUUAUGCUGAUGACAUUUGAAGAGGCCCAAACUACGUUCAUCAGCGAAGUGUACCGUGCACUGCCGGUCAAUUGCAAUUUCACCGCUGAACAGGACAAAUUGAUGAGCCAUCCAUACAUACCUCGUUGUCUUAGCUUACAGGCUGGGCUCGGCUUCAAAGGAAGAUCCAGACACCGCAACCUUGCAUCGGCCGUGCCGUGGGCCAUACUUCAACUUCGUCAUGCAUCGGUCCUAUUUGCUUACUUCUUCCAGUACAAUAAAGGUGGACAGACUGAAUCGCACGAUCCAGAUGUUCUGCGCAUGGUGUUGGGUAAUACUAAAUGGACUUUGGACUUCUCCCACUUCCUCCUGAACGAGAUCUUCGACAUGGCCGACGAAUUCGAAGAUGUCUUGAAUGACUCAGAAGCUUUUACUCAGAAACUGAAAACCACAAACUCUCUCCCCCUCUUAAUUCUCCUCUCAAGCAUGUCCCGUGCCUUCCUCCGCUUCAUCUGCCGCGGCCUCCGCGGCGUCCACGCCGGCUUCGCAAGCGCAAACCCAGCCUCUCUUCUAGGCGACUCUCGCAUAUACUACACAGAGAUCUGCCAAACCCUUGAAUCUUCACCGGUACGCAUAGACGUCUAUGAAAAGUUCCUGGCAGGUGUCGACUCAGCCGUGAAACAUGCAUACCAAGGCGCAGGCUUCGGCGACGCUGAACGACCAGGCCCGGAAAAGGAACUCCUCGUCAACGCACGCAUCCCGCCCGUCCUCACGACCGCCGUGGUCACCCUCCUCCGACAGACGGUGCCAGCCCUUAAAUCCGAGAUCAAUCGCAUGGCUAUCUACCUGGGUGACUACAGCUGGCUUGGGUUUGGGAAUGAUCGCCGCACUGCGCUGUACAGGAAACAACGUGAGGUCGAUAUUCUUAAGAAGUGUCCCCUGCGCCCGCCUUUACCGCUGGGCAAUGAUGGCCGCGUGGCGCCGCUUAAGAAGCGGAGGUGUGCGCGCUGCUGUGAGGUUUCUGGGGAUACGAAUUUGCCAAGGUCGCUUUUGUCAUUUAAGAUGAUUGCCAAACUGGGGUUGUUGAGGUCUUGUCUUUGUGGGGGGAUGUGGAUUCUCCAGACGGAUGCUGGGGAGCUUGGUGGGACUCAUAAUGAGAAUGGGAUGGGGGUUGGGAAUGGUCACACUUAG